AACAACAUCCUACUCCGGUUUUGAAGACGAAAGGGUUUUUUUCUUCUAAAGCGGAUGAGACUGGAUAAAUCGGGAAGUUAUCACACAGGUGUAUCGCAGCAUCUCAAAGUUUCAUUUGAAAUAGCUUUUAUGAUAGCAAAGCAAAAGAUUCCUAAUAAUAUCGAUUUUAGGAGAAGAUGCAGAGCAAAAAAUGAAGUCUAUUUCUCUUUCGAACACCACAGUCAAGCAUAGAAUCGAUGACAUUGCAGCAGACAUAAAGUCACAAAUAAUUAACAAAAUAAAAUUAUCGCCAUUUUUUGCCAUUAGUUGCGAUGAAUCCACCGACAUCGCUAAUUAUGCAC